AUGGCUUCAAAUACAAUUGUAACUUCUGGUUUUCAACUAGUAAAACAGUUACAAGAAUGGUCGAAAAAUAAUAUGCGUCAAGAAAGUUUAUUUUGUACAGUCGAUGUAGCAGACCUUUAUACAAUGGCACCCCAAACUGAAGGAGUACUCUCAUUGAAGAAAAUGUUAGAUUAUUUAAGAUUAAAACAAGUUGGUGGUCUUAAAAUUGAAACAAUAAUUAGAUUAAGUCGAUUUGUUAUGCAAAAUAAUUAUUUUCCUUAUGAUGGUCAGUUCUAUCAUCAAGUUCGUGGAGGAGCAAUGGGUUCUCCUCUUACUUUAACUAUUGCUAAUUGCUAUAUGAUCUUCUAUGAAAGGCCAAUAAUUAAACAGAUUAAUAAUAGUGGUGGAUUAUAUUUUCGAUAUACUGAUGAUAUUUUUCUAGCAACAAAUUGGCCUCCUCGACAUUUACUUAAACAAAUCGACAGAUGGAAUCAUUUUGAUGAAAAUAUUAAAUUAUCAGAAAAUAUGGGUUCAAUAGCUGAUUUUCCUGAUCUACAUAUAGAAAACCGGGCUGCUCAAUUAUAUACUACAAUUUAUCAAAAGCCAUCAUAUGAACCAUAUUAUUUGCCUUUCAAUAGCAUUCAUCCAUUGCAUAUGAAAAAGAAUGUAGUAUUUACUAUGUUAUUUCGUGCUAUUAGGUACUGUUCAACAUUUCAGCACUAUCUGGAUGAACGUGAAAAAUUAAGAAUGGCACUUUUAUUAAAUAAAUAUCCAAAUAAGUUUACAGAUGAACAAUUUAAUAAUUUAUUGUCAAAAUUAAAUAUUAUUCAACCAUUAACCUGUAAUAAUUAUGCUAAUUAUCGUCAAAAAGUUAUAGAUUUUCCAAUAAAAGAAAAAAUAUCGGUUGAUUAUGGAAAGACAAUAUUCGUACAUUUUACAUACUGUUCAAGUAUGAGAACAUUUCCAAUAAAAUUUCAUGCUCUCUGGAACAAAUAUUUUGGUGAAUCUCCAAUUAAUGAAGUAUUACCUAUCCUUGGUAUACGUAAUGCUAAAAAUUUACAACGGCAAUUAAUCUAUACAAGAUAA